UGGAUCAAACUGAAAAGUCCAAAAGUCCAGACCAAACGAGGUAGGUGUGAAAGGGCCCUAAGAACACUAACUCAAAUCCUGGUGGGCUACGGCGUCCGCAAAUAUUUGUAGUUUAUUUUCUAUGGUUAGCCAGUGGAGGCCCUGGAAGCGAGCCACUUGACUUUUUAGCCAAUCAGUAGCUUAAAUUAAGUACAAAGUCCUGAGACACACACAAAAUCCAAAAAGACUUGUGUCCUUCCAGACCUGGGCCCCAUAUCUGUGCUGAUUAAAACCUGGAACCCUCCCAAAUAUAACCCUGAACUUUGGACAUGUUUAUAACAAUGACAGAGGUGUGGCUUUUACCUGUAUUUCCACCUUAAACUCAGUUGGGAGGUUGAUGAUCAGCCAUUAGGCUGUAGGGCUUGACUGAGAUUCAGGCUUCAAUUUUCUACCACCGCUCGGUCCAGUCAGGAUGGGGACUAUUGAUUCCAUAUUGUUUUUAAUCAUCUUAUGCUGUUAUUGUUUCAAGAACACAGGCGGCAACCCCAUUGACACAUCGGUUCUAAACUGUGACGUGGGGAGCAAUAAAGUGUUGGGACCUGUGGAUGAAGGAUACAAUGGAGCUGUGGAAGAAUUUACCGGAGUCCUGGCGGAGCACAACGUGCAACUAGUCGGCUAUUUGUUCCCAUCACAUAUACAGUUCUUGGAACUGAUGUUUUCCCCAGAAAACUCGACGGCCACCGUGUACUCUAAAUCCGAGUUAGAUGCAGACGCGUUAAAUGAGACCCGGGGUAAACUGUAUUAUUCUCUCAGAUGCUCAAACAGCAUCGAAAACACACGGAUUCUCUUGAUUACCGACUUGAAUGACAACCCUCCUGUUUUCAAUCCCACGGCAUUCAGCGCAACGGUAUCUGAGAGUCUGGCUGUGAACUCGGCAGUAAUCCAGGUACACGCCACAGAUGCAGACGCCACACCGGCAAACAACAGGAUUACAUAUUCCAUAAUGCCCCCCGUCCCCAGUGAGUUUGAGAUGACAUUUGACGGAACGAUCGUUUUGAAAAAACGCCUUAACUACGACGUAGCCACUGGCUACAGUUUCAUGGUGGAAGCCCGGGAUAACGAGGGUCUUGCAGACACAGCACCUGUCACUAUUACAGUGGAAGACUUCGACAACAUGAAUCCUUAUUUUAAUCAAAGUCUUUAUCGUGCCGUCAUUCGGGAACACGAGGUUGGAGAGUUUCUGAGCAUCCAGCCUGAAGCAAUAGAGGCCAGAGAUGGGGACACUGGGAUAAACCAGCCCAUAAUCUAUAGCAUCAGUGCAGUCUCCCCAAGUGACUACACAAGCUCCUUCACCAUUGACCCUGUCAGUGGCAUCAUCACCGUGGUGAACAGUCUGGACAGGGAGGAGGUUUCCAUGGUGACUGUGAACAUCAAGGCAGCUCAGAGCGAUGACAGCCUCAAGACGGCACAAGCGGUGGUGUCUGUGACGGUCGAGGACGUGAACGACAACGCGCCGGAGUUUGACCAAAGCGGAUAUUCCGCCACCAUCCUGGAGAACUCCCCCGACGGCUCCCUUGUGCUGAGAGUCGGAGUCACGGACCGAGACGAAGGAGGGUUCGAUGGAAUGCUCAGGAUCAUUCCGGAUUCUGCGCCAUUCUCUAUAAGCCCCGACGGAACUGUGCGGGUGAAGAAUUCCGCUGCCCUGGACAGAGAGGAGACUCCCAGAUUCUCCUUACAGAUCGAAGCCAGAGAGAACGCCUCGCCCAACAACGCUGUCCAAGCCGGCGUGAACAUAACCCUCCUGGAUGUGAACGACAACAGCCCGCUGUUCGAGAGCGCCUCGUACGAGGGAAAGAUCACCAAGGACCAAACCGUUGGGAUGAAUAUUACCCAGGUGCACGCGGAGGAUCCGGACGAAGGUGCCAACGGAAAAGUCACGUACGCCAUCGACGGGGGAAAUCAGGAGGGCUACUUUUCCAUAAACGAGGACACGGGACUCAUCCAGCUGAAGAAGCUGGUGGUGUUCGAGGAGAACAAAUCCCUCCAGUUCUUCCUGUUCGUAACCGCGAGAGACGGUGGACAGGUAUCCAGAUUCUCCUCCACACAGGUGCACAUCCUUGCGCCUGGCACCUCCAACCCUCAGUUCCUGUUGCCUAGCUACCACGGAAGCGUGCUGGAGGAAAUGGACCCCCCUGUGGACAUCCUCAAACUGAGCUUCCUGUCGGUCGUACCUGGGAUUGAGGUGACCCUGGAGGUGCUCAGCGAGGCAGACAAGUUCUCCGUCGCCCCCGACGGCACGUUCUCCACCCGCCUCAAACUGGACCGUGAGGUCCGGGCAAACUACUCAGUCAAGGUGUCCAUCUCCGACGGCACGAACCGCGACGAGACCACCGUGCUGGUCGACGUGACCGACGUCAACGACAACGACCCCGUCUUUGCCUCCGGUUCGGUCACAGUGGACGUCCCGGAGGACGCGAAGCUGGGCGCCAACGUCACCCGGCUGGCAGCCACCGACGCGGACGACGGCUUCAAUGGCGCCGUGUUCUACUCCCUGGUCGGGGGCGAGGGGAAGUUCAGCAUCGACCCCGAGUCGGCCAGGAUCUCAUUGGCCGGGAGUCUGGACAGGGAGGGGCAGGCUCAGUAUACCCUGGAGGUCGUCGCGCGCGACCAAGGUCAACCGCCACGGUCCGCCACCGCCGUCGUGGUCGUCAACGUGACCGACGUCAACGACAACAGCCCCCUGUUCCCUGUGGCCCAGUAUGAGGUGGCGGUCCUAGAGAACUGUACCGUGGGAACCACGGUCCUGGAGCUGUCCGCCACGGAUUUGGACGAGGGCUCCAACGCGGUGGUGACGUACCGGGUGGUUCAGCAAGCCCCUCCCACAGACCCGCCCGUCUUCAUCCUGAACCCGGUGUCCGGCGCCCUGUGGCUGAACCAGCCGCUGGAUUUUGGGAAAGCGAGGGCGUACACUUUGACCGUGGAGGCGCUGGACGGGGGCACGCCUGCUCUGAACGGGACGUCUUCGGUGCUGGUGCGAGUCCAGGACCUGAACGACAAGCCGCCCAAAUUCAGCCAAGACCAUUAUAACAUCGCUGUGUUUGAGAACCUUCCCAGUGGAACAGCCAUAAUCUCACUGGAGGUUACUGAUGAAGACGAGGCUGGGUUUUCAAACGGCCACUUCAUCCUGAACAGUGACACGUUCAGCAUAAACGAGCAGGGAACCGUGUCACUGAACAGGAACGCUACGCUAGACAGGGAGCAAGAAGACAGCUACAUCCUGCAGGUGGUGGCAGUUGACUCCCCCACCAAUGGACUGAGUGCUACAGCCCAGCUCAACAUCACCGUCCUGGACGUCAAUGACAACAACCCCCAGUUCCUGCCCCUCCCGGACCCCGUCCUCGUCCCUGAGGGGAACUACUCCGCCCAGAACCCGCGGGACGUCUGCCGAAUUUCCGCCACCGACCUCGACCAGGGCGACAACGGCAAGGUCACCCUGUCCCUGUCCAAUCCCAGCGCCCUGUUCCAGUUCAGGGAGGACGGGAUGCUCCUUGCUGUGGGCCCCCUGGAUCGAGAAGCGAAGGACGCCUAUGAGCUGGUGAUAACAGCCUCUGAUCACGGCACGCCACAGAGAAAGAACGUUACUCACAUCACGGUCACCAUCACAGACGUUAACGAUAACGACCCAGAGUUCAGCCAGACCACGUACUCCCGGGACAUCCUGGUGAAGGACGCCAAAGAGGGGGACCUGGUGCUGACACUGUCCGCUACGGACAAGGACGCCGGAAAUAACUCUCUCAUCACAUACAGUUUCUCUGCAGGCUCUCCUCUCCUGAAGCUCAACAAUGAGACGGGUGAGAUCACCGUGACCUCUGACCUUUUGGAGAUCACAGAGGACACCAUGCUUAAGCUCACUGCCCUGGCACAGGACCACGGGGAGCCCCAGCGCACCUCCACAGCCUCUGUCCUGGUCUCCCUGUUCACCGUCAGCCUCAACCCAGGAGUGGACUUCCAGAGCUCCGCCUACAAUUUCACCGUGGCGGAGAACGAGCCGAAGGGCACGCAGGUGGGCGUGGUCAAGGCCUUGGCGGGCAACUCGUUGGUUGAGAUCACCUACACCCUGAGGUCGCACGAGGAUCUGUUCUCUGUGGACGAGCAGGGCGUGGUCAGCACGCUCCGCCCCUUGGAUAAGGAGACGCAGGAGUGGUACGCCAUGGCGGUGGAGGCCACGGACUCCAGGACUCCGCCCAACACCGCCGUCGCCAUGGUGUCGAUCCAGGUGGAGGACGUCAACGAGGCGCCAGAAUUCACCAGCUCAAGCUACUCCGCCGAGAUCGUUAGCAUCGCUCCAUACAAAUACCCCCUUGUGCAAGUGAAGGCCACAGACCAGGACGCUGGGCAGACCGGGCAGCUGGUGUACAGCCUGGUGGAGGGCAGCCCGCUGUUCGACGUGGAGCCCUCCUCUGGACUGGUGUACGUGGUGUCUGUGGAGGGCCAGGCGGGAGAGAAGUCCCUCAAGGUGAAAGCCACAGACCCCCAGGGCCUUAGUGCCACCGCAGACGUAGAGGUGACGAUCCAGGAGAGCAAAACCAAUGACGCUGUGGUCAUCUCUCUGAACCAGCCUGUCAACAUGGUGGACAAGAAAGUCCUAGAGCUGGAGAGGUCCCUGGAGCAGGCGCUGGGUUGGACAGUGAAGGUCAUCAGCGUCACAAGCAUCAACAGCUUUGGGGGCGUGGUCAGGUCCUCUGAGGGCGGAGCCAAGACGUACGUCACCUUCAUCGCCAUGGACUCCGCUGGCACCGUCGUACCCUCUGAAGACGUCGAAAGGAAGCUGGAGAGCGAGAGGGAGACUGUGACGGCCGAGCUGACGAAGGUGUUUGGAGAGGGCGUGGAAUACGCCCUGGAGGCGGCCCCCGGUGAUCCCGACUCCUCCCAAGACACGGCCAUCAUCGUCCUGAGCGUGCUGCUGGCGCUGAGCAUCCUGGGAGUGGUGGCGCUGGUCGUGACCGUGGUGGUCAAGUUCAGAAAGCAAGGCAAAGGGAGCCGAGAGAAGGACGUCCUCAGCUUUGAAAACUCUUACGAGGAGCACAGGAAUUCAGGUGCCUCUGAAUCAGGAAGCAGCAAUGAGGAGAAGAAUCCCAAGAGGAGUGUGUCAAUCGGGAAGAACAGCAGCAGUGAUAACAGCCACACCUCAGCGCUCUGAGUCCUGUUCAGUACACCGCAACACACACCCUUCUCUCUUCCGUGUAUAUAAUUUUUUAAAAAGGCUAUUUUUACCGAAUUUUUGGACAAUCCAAAAUUCAAAAAAAGCACUUUAGUAAGGAAAGUAUAUUUUAUGCCGCCGAACACAAUUUCUCGAUAUUGUACUCCUGUUGAUUCUGCUUCUGUAUGCAACACAAAACACGCCAGGCCUCUGUGUAAACACUCAUUGAUUAAAUUCAUUAUUAUUAUUGUUAUUAAUUAUUAAAUUAUUGUCUUACGAUUAAAUUAUUUUUUCCACUUUUAA